UAAAAAUAAAACUACCAUGGAGAGAGCAUUCCGCGAUUAGAUCGGCAAAUGUUUUAUCUACUAUUCUGAAUCAUUUUCAUUGACGAAUGCUUUUAGAAAAUGAAGUACAACUUUUUGACUAUACCGAUCCUCGUAGGGAUUACUAUUUUUUUAUUUUUAAUGUCUUAUAGUUAUUUUUCCUCUAUACGGUCUGCGUGGCAACAAUCCCCUGAUUUGCGGUCACAACAAAGUGAAAUGCGAAAUAUUUUAAAAAUGCUACAGUCGGUCGAUUUCGAAGUUUUUGGUAUUGUUCAAGGUGUGUUCUUUAGGAAAUAUACCAGAGAUAAAGGUAAAGAAUUAAAUUUGAAAGGAUGGUGUAUGAAUACUUCAAAAGGAACUGUUGUUGGAACUAUGCAAGGAAAAGAAGAAAAUAUUGAAGAAAUGAAAGACUGGCUAAGGCAUACUGGAAGUCCUAUGUCUAAGAUUGAAAAAUGUUUAUUUACAAAUGAAAGGCAUAUCUCGAAAGAAGAAUUUUCUGAUUUCUUCAUAAAACAUUAGUCAACAAAUGUGAACUCUAAGCACUCUAUUUUUAAAGGAGAUAAAAUGUACAGUAAAUGAGUGCUGGUUUCUUUACUGGUUUCCAUCUUUGAUGAAGAAGAUAUUGUGAUAAAUUUGCAUUUGUGUGAAUGAUGCAUGGAUUUAUUUAUUUGAAUGUUAAUAACAAAAUCCUUUAAUGUCAGUUUCAUUUGUAGAAACUAAUACAAUGAGAUAAACAUUUAAGGGAUAUAUUUUUGAAAUUUUUUAUUUGUUAUUUAUUUGGUUUAAAAAUUACGUUAUUGUUUUAUUUUUCAAAAACCAUGUAGUUGUAAAAUGACCUUGCUUUUCAUUAUAAGAAUGCUAUGAAUGGAAUGAUAUAUUUCUAUAUGCAAGAAUGAAUAUUUGUAAAUUUCAAAGUUUAAUCCCAAAGUGAUAAAGAUUUAUAGUGAGAUAAUAAUAUUUAUGAUGAGAUUAACUUAGUUUUCAGACUAUUAAAACAAAAUAAAACUGAGCCAAUUUUGAACAAUGAUUGCUUUUGUAAUGUAUACAUUGUCCUACAUAUUUAUUUUCACUAAUGAACUUCUGGAUUGUUGUUUAGAAUAUAUUGCCUCCUUCCUUUUAUGACAUGUACAAAGUAUUAUGUUACAAACAAGUUAUGUUUUUUAUCUUGUUGCAAUUGAAUAAAAAAUUUUCAUUUUA